GGUCAUCCCCUGUACUGUCCGCAGUCUCUUGGUCAUCCCCUGUACUGUCCGCAGUCUCUUGGUCAUCCCCUGUACUGUCCGCAGUCUUUUGGUCAUCCUCCUGUACUGUGUCCGCAGUCUCUGUCAUCUCCUGUACUGUGUCCGCAGUCCUCUGGUCAUCUCCUGUACUGUGUCCGCAGUCCCUGGUCAUCUCCUGUACUGUGUCCGCAGUCCCUGGUCAUCUCCUGUACUGUGUCCGCAGUCCCUGGUCAUCUCCUGUACUAUGACCGCAGUCUCUGGUCAUCUCCUGUACUGUGUCCGCAGUCUCUGUUCAUCCCCUGUACUGUGUCCGCAAUCUCUGGUCAUCCCCUGUACUGUGUCCGCAAUCUCUGGUCAUCCCCUGUACUGUGUCCGCAAUCUCUGGUCAUCCCCUGUACUGUGUCCGCAAUCUCUGGUCAUCCCCUGUACUGUGUCCGCAAUCUCUGGUCAUCUCCUGUACUGUGUCCGCAGUCUCUGGUCAUCUCCUGUACUGUGUCCGCAGUCUCUGGUCACCUCCUGUACUAUGACCGCAGU